CACGAUUUACUGUAAGGAUGUGUAGUUUCCCAUUAGCCACGCGUACGGUAGUAACAGGUGCAGCAAGAAGAUCGAACAUUUGAACAUACUAAAAGAUCGAAAUGGGUGACAGAAAGUAGAGAAAGAGUUGCAAAUAGUGAAGGAUCAAUGUAAUUGUGUGCCAAAUAGUUCACUUUUUGCAUGGUGUGUUUCGAAACUGAUUCAACGAUCCAAACAAAUCUUGUGUAAAGUCACAACUUUUAGUGCACCAGUAUGAAUUCUGCAGCUUAUAUAUCGAUAAUUUUAGGAUGUUGUGUACUGUGGGUGGCCUGCUCAUUCCCCGUGGCACUGUCGUGCGAUUCAUGUGGCCGAGAAUGUGCAUCUGCUUGUGGCACACGACACUUCCGAACGUGCUGUUUUAAUUACCUUCGAAAACGUAGCUCACCCCCAUUGCGAGAUUCCGCCGGACAAGAUAAACAGUUGGAUCUCAGUUGGUAUGGUAUGGCCAAACCGGCGGAUCAUAAACCUCAGGAAAAUCAUCGCGAUUUCAAUAAAUUCCUGGUCAAAAAUGCUGAAGCAGAUAUAGACUAUGAGUACAUACCGAUAGUAACAACGAAUCAUCUUGCGCUGGGAAAGCCGCAGAACCCAGGAACACGGAAUAGUUUAUUGCGAAACCCUCCACUUAACCCACCCGAUCAUGAUGAAAAUACAGAAAAAUCUUCGGAAGAGUCUCAAGCUGGAUCGUUGCAACUGCUGUACGAAGCUUAAAACUGAUUAACUAUGGAGGAAGCUUAGCCUAUCCCCAGUUUUAUUUGUACUAUUUCCAUUGAUUUGUAAGUUACAGCAUGGGAUUUAGGUUUCAUUUCAUACUCGACCACAAACUUACAUUUAGGCUGGGUAAAUGUAAGUUUGCGGUCGAUAGUCUCAAACCAUGGCACCGCACACAAAUGUUUGAUCACCUUUAACAUUUCCCCCCAUUAAUUAUUGUAUCUCUUCCUAAGAAGGUAGGCAAUACCAAUCUAAUUGAAACCUCAUAAAAACAACCUUCAUACAACCCCUACCCCGAAAAUAUUCAAUCAUCCCCAAAAAUCGGUUAUCCUAGUAACAUCUCGCAGCUCGUCAUCACCCUAAUCACCCGUCCCAAAUAAAACACAUUCGCGUUGUGGCAAGCGGAAUAGCCGCUUUAUAGCCCGUUUGCUACGUGGGAUUUCCUCGAAUCAGCGACUUCAAAGCACAACAAACACACACACACACACAGAGACACGGCAAAAGGGUUUCACACCACGAAAAAUAUCAUUAGGACAACAAAGAGAGCAAAUAAUUUGCUACCAGAAGUUAUUAAUAGUUAUUUCAGCAAAACGCUAGGAUCGUGACGUGUUGAAAUUUGUAAAACAAUUGAAGUGUACACUUGAAAUUAAACAAUAAAAGCAGAAGUAUUUUGCAGACCUAUAAAAACAUUUCAAUUAAUACCAA